AUGGCGAAGAAAUCCACUCGCCGCAAGACGCCCGCAUCAACUCCAGGCUCGUCAGGCACAUCUACUCCAAGCUCCGCAUCCUCCGGCCCGAUCCCUCCCUUCAUCAAAGUCCCCUCUAUACUCGAGCCGUUCGUGAAACCGCUGUCCUCUGACGAGGUCUACCUGAUCCAUAUCGACACAACAGGGACCGACCUGAAAUGGCAGACUUUUCUUGUGCCCUUGGUAAUGAACAUAGUGGUUACUGCCGCGAUCGCAGUGCGGGUGUACUUCGGAAUCAGCACCUACCCAGCCCUCAUAAAGACCUUCUUCGGGUUCCAAAGCUCUCUGACCGUUGACGAGUCCACGACCUCAUGGCUGCACAUGGCACAACUCAUCCUCCGCCGAACAGGCACCCUCUUCAUCGACUACUUCCUCUUAACGCAGUUCCUAAGCUGGCCCAUUAACUUCAUCUUCGGUCCCGCACUCUGGCGUCGUUCAGUCGGUUUCCAGGAUCGGGAAAUCAUCGUUCGCCGCAGUCACCGCAAUUGGAGCAAGAAACUCGAGCGGAACAAGUGGAUCCGCGACAAUGAAGCCAUGCGCGACAAGAUCGUUGCUGCAGUUACGCCUGAGCGGAUUGGUAAAACCGGGUUUCUGCUUGUCGAUGAUGACUGGAACCUUGACUAUUCCGCGAUGGUCCGCGCGCAUGGUUUGGUCGAUCGUAUCCGUAAGGGCGAUGGCGUGCAGCUGGAUGAGUUCCGCACUGCGGUGCUCGUGCAUACCGAUGCUGACGGGUGGUUGAUUUGGCGUGUCGGCGACGAAAACACCCAUGCUAAUCGGCAGCGCUCGGCGCAGCGAGAUCAGAUCUUGGCUUUCCAGGAGAAGCUCACUGCGAUGGGAAAGGAGGACCUGUUUUUCCGCUGGGUCGAGGUGGUACAGUGGGAGAGCUCCCAGCCUGGCGGCUUCACCCCGGAAAGGCAGAAAUCGGCCAUGCUAAAAGCACAACAGAUGUUCACUGAAGAGAACGUGGACUUUAGUAGCUUCUGGGAAGAUCUGGGUGGUAUGGAAGGCAUAGACGGCAUGGAGUCAUGA